UUUAAUUUCAAGUUUUGGACCGAAAAUCGUCUAGGCAUAAAACGUCUCCGUUUCGACUCGCAGGCCACUGUAAUUCCACUUCUGAUUGCCGUCAAUACAGCUCUCCAAGAUGAGCAGACAAAACGCGACUCUUGCACGCAGCAUUUCCGACUCCCAGAGUGUUGUCUCCUAUGCGGAAACUAGCACAGAUAACGAGAGUUUUGCCACAGCCUUUAGUGACCUUGAUAAUAUCUCGACCAGAUCUAGCGGCCGGGGAAGUUUCAGUGGGGUUGAAGAUACCACCUCCAUUGCCGAGACUAUUAUUCCGGAUGAAACGGCCACUGGCAUCGUUAUUGCUCCUACCAGCACCGUUGUUGCUCCUACCAGCACUGUUGUUGCUCCUACCAGCACCGUUGUUGCUCCUACCAGCACUGUUGUUGCUCCUACCAGCACUGUUGUUGCUCCUACCAGUACUGUUGUUGCUCCUACCAGCACUGUCGUUGCUCCUACCAGCUCCGUCGUUAUCCCGCUCGAUAACACCACCAUUCGCACUGUUACACAGGUUCCCGCCCCGGAUUUAGAGUCAUUGGAAAAACGAGACUCGGAGCCUGCUCCUGAAACCCUGAUCGCUGCUUCUGCUCCCAUAAUCACAGAACAGCCGGGUGCCACCUCUCAGCCAGUAGAACAGCCGGUUAAGGAGAGCACUACGCACUCUGAUUCGUCCGUGAGCCCUUCGCCUGCGGGGACGGAAUCCUUCGGGGAGCAGCAGCAGCAGCAUGCCCGGAAGGAGAGAUACAAACAUGAUCCCAAGAACGACUGUGUGCUGUUCUGGUUGUCCGCAGCUGGAUGUUAUGGGGUCUGCGGCGACUGUCCAUGCAACACCACCAGCGGCACCUUGGCCUCUGUGUUGACUAACUGUUUUGCGGUGCUCUCGGUCAGUGGGUGCGCUGCCUGUAUUACCGUGUGCCACGACACCUAGGCCUCAUUUCUAAUAUCUAAUUUCCUGCAAUAUCCCUUGUUUUUAUACGUCAACGGUAGUGAAAAACCUCAAAUUUUUUACAGAUUUUAUGGUAUUCUCUCCGUCGUAAAAGAUACGUCUCCGUAACUAUAUCACUUUUAUC